AUGGUCCUUUAUCACAGCGUUCGAAUAGACAUGGUGCACUAUUGCAGGCUCGAGGCCCAUCUAGCUGAAAAGCGUAAGAAGACUUCACACCUCGACCGCAACGGCAUCCCGACAAAUCCGGCACUAGCGAGAUUGAGGCUCUUCCGACGGACAGUACGUGAAGAUCCAAUUCGUAUCGGCAAGGUCGUCCAAUUUCUCAAGACGCCGUUUAUGAUACGCGAAUCGUGGCAAGUCGAGUUGGCCCAAACCAUUGCCGUGCUGCCUAAUCUGCAAUAUGUUGACCUACCUGAGAGAAUGUUUACUGAUGAGCCCAAUAACGCCAUGCUCAGGCGCGAGGUGCAGGUGCGGUGCUGUAAGCUCCGCAAAAUCGCAUAUUCUCGGGGAUCUGAGUGUUGGCUUGUCGGUUUGGCCUCUCAGCAGGUGUGGCUAUGGCUCGAGGUUCUGGAGCUCAACAGCCUUGACGUCGACCCCUUGGCGAUGCGGGCUGUCCUCGCAUCUCUAACCCGCCUCCGGGCUCUCAAGGUCACAAAGACACACAGCUUUUCCGAUGAGCUGAUGGCCUUUGACGACGGUCUCCCUCCGCUGGUCGCAUUGGAAGAGCUGAUACUGAAGGAUACGCCUAGGAUGACUACUGUCGGUUUGAUCAAGUACUUAUCUUCAUAUGAGACCCAAAACGCGCUUAAGGUCCUAACUCUCGAGGACACGGGCGUCCAGUCGUCGCAGCUGCAAGAGGUCUUGGUAGUGACACCAAGCUUGAGGACCUUGGCUUUCCAGGCAAAGGUUUCGGAGCCUUUCCCGAGCGCGAAGUGGCCUCAACUGCUAGCAUCGGCGAAGCUGAAGACGUUGCGUUUCGAGAUUUCCGAAACGCCAGACGCGGCUUUCACGAUUGUCGUGGCCGAUCUCAAAGCUAGGAAGAACCCGAAUCAGUCGAGGCUGUAG